AUGGGUGAAAUGACUUUGCAAGUUCCCAUUGAUACCCCAAAGCAGGUGCAAAAGGGGUGUGAUGCUAUGAAAGAUGCUCCCACCAUCCCUGCAGACCUCAAAGCCUAUUUCCGACCUGUCUGGAUGGUACUCAAAAACAAAACCCAGUUUUCCAUCAACCCGGACGGCACGUAUUUCUACUCAGGCUGCUUGCAUGGCGAGUCUAGCAACACGAGCGCCUACAACGUGAGCGGAUUUGGUGCCCGCAAUUCGUGGGGGGGCACCACUGGUGGAGCGCGUUUCAAGAUCAAGUUGGAUCAAAACAACGAAGUUGUUUUCGUGAUUGGUUUCUCCAAUCCGUACGUUGGCUACUACGGAGCUCAUAUUGAGGAGUCCUGGGACAUCAAGAAGAAUGGAUAUGCUAAGGUUGCAGAGAACGGCAACAAUAUUGAAUCCAUCCACACCUACAAGGGAACCUCCAGUAGCGGUGCCCCGCUGAAGUUCAGACUGCGACUGUCCAUAGUGUCAGGCCAAACCAUGACCAUCACCGUGGUCCAGGAGGUGUGGGAGGAAGAAUGA